GCACUGGGCCCCCGGGCGGGGCGACAGGCACCGGGCCCCCGGGCGGGGCGACAGGCACCGGGCCCCCAGGCGGGGCGACAGGCCUCGGGCCCCCAGGCGGGAGCGGCGGGCGCCGGACCCCCAGGCGGAACUACAGGUCUCGGGCCCUCAGGCGGAGCGGCGGGCGCCGGACCCCCAGAUGGAGCGACAGGUCUCGGGCCCUCAGGCGGAGCGGCGGGCGCCGGACCCCCAGAUGGAGCGACAGGUCUCGGGCCCUCAGGCGGAGCGGCGGGGGCCGGACCCCCAGAUGGAGCGACAGGUCUCGGGCCCUCAGGCGGAGCGGCGGGCGCUGGACCCCCAGAUGGAGCGACAGGUCUCGGGCCCUCAGGCGGAGCGGCGGGCGCCGGACCCCCAGAUGGAGCGACAGGUCUCGGGCCCUCAGGCGGAGCGGCGGGCGCCGGACCCCCAGAUGGAGCGACAGGUCUCGGGCCCUCAGGCGGAGCGGCGGGGCGCCGGACC